AUGUCCGCUUCAAAGACUGUCACUUUCUUUGGCGCCAGCACUGGUGUUGGCCUAUCCGCACUCAAACACACUCUUGCCGCAGGCUACAACUGUAUUGCCCUCUGUCGAGAUGCAUCAAAACUUGAGGCUAUCAUCUCUCCAGAAACCCAUACAAAUCUGCGAAUUAUUGAAGGCAAUGCGCAUGAUAUCAAGGCUGUGGUUUCUUGCCUCAGAAAGGCUGAUGGCUCACUCGUUGAUGAGAUCGUCUCGACAAUCGGCGGCAAACCCAUCAUUCACAAAUUGACAAUCGAUGACCCCAACUGUUGCAGGGUGGGAAUGGCCGUUCUUCUUGAAGCGCUCGCUCAACUCCGAAGUCAAGGAGCCACCGGGAAGCCUCGCAUCACUGUGUUCAGCACCACUGGCUUGUCCGACUUUGGUCGCGAUUAUCCUUUACUGCUUUACCCGAUUUACGCAAUUGCUCUCAAGGUUCCUCAUGAGGACAAGAAGAUCAUGGAGACCACGUUGGUAAACAGUGGUGAGGAUUUUACUGUUGUGCGUGCCAGUCUGUUGGUGGACGGUGAGACAGAGAGCCCUGUUCGCGUAGGCGUUGAGGACCCCAAGGCAGGACGCGAGUCACUAGAAAUCGGAUACACCAUUUCGAGAGAGGACGGUGGAAAAUGGUUGGCAGAUAAUUUGUUGGUAGGAAGGAAGGCUGAGUAUCAUGACAGAAUUGUCUCAAUCACUUGGUAA